AGACUUGAAAUUCUUCCUAACGCCUCGUUCAAGCUUCCCGACUGCUCUAGGCUCCUUUGACCACCACCUUUUUCCCCGAACAACCCAAGCAAAACCCGACAGCUAGAGGUGCCGAGGCGGUAUUUCGACAACGACGUCGUACUGACCUCUCAGCCCGCCGCCGUGUUCGUGACCAGACGAAGACAGCGCAGCCGUCGGAGCACACCUCAUCUGCUCUGCGGCACAACCUCCGACCCCACCAUCGCAGCCUCGCGCCAGAAACAGCUCCCCACUCGCCGGCGGUGCUUUCUUCCCAGCCUGCCACGGAUAGCUGCUUGCCGAACUGGCUGCCCUCGCUGUGUCUCUUUCGACGGCCCCGUCCUCUGUGCGUCCGGAGCACCGCCUGUCCCGCGCCGUCCCCCUCUCCUCGCCGCUGCCCUGUGACUAGUGCACGCGGGUCGCGGCCAGACUGCAUCGGGAGUCUGCAUCACUGGCUCCCCUCGCAAGCUGCAACCACGGUUCGCGCCGCCCGAACAAACACCCAUCGCCGACGCGCUGUGACGACGACGAGCGCACGCGUCAUCAGCCGAGAUGCCGCCUCCUUCCACGGCCCAGCAAAAGGUCUUCAUCGCCCAGUUCGUGUCGCUGACGGGAGCGUCGGAGCGGCAAGCCACCAGGUACCUGAAGUCGACUGGGUUCAAGAUCAACGAGGCUGUCGACGCGUUCUACGCCGCUGGCAAUGAGCCCAAGACGUCGGCCUUGGAGGCUAAACUCGAUAGCCUCUUCGACUCAUUAAGAGACGACGAAAACGAUGAGAAAAACAAGUUGGAGUUGGAGUCCACCAUGGACUAUUUGAGCAACAGACUCAAAGUCAGCAUCGAGAACGCCGAGCUGUUCAUCGCUCUGGAGCUGGUACAGGCCCCGAGCGUAGGAGAGAUUACUCGCAAGGGCUAUGUCGACGGAUGGAAAGCCACUGGAGUCGGUGCAACGCACCAAGAGCACGCUGCCCACAUCCGAAGGCUCAAGGCAUCCUUGUCGAUGGACCCGGCCCUCUUCAAGAAGGUCUAUCGGUACACAUUUGUUGCCGGUCGCGAGCGAGACCAAAAAGCGCUCAGCCUCGAAAACGCCAUGAUCUACUGGAGCAUCCUGUUCUCCCCCCCAGGAAUGUCCUGGGAGACGUCCAACCACGACUGGCUAGAGCUCUGGAAAUCAUUCCUCAAUGAGAAGUGGACUCGGUCCGUCAACAAGGACAUGUGGAACAUGACUCUCGAGUUUGCCCUUAAGGCCAUGGCGGACGAGACAUUGUCCUUUUGGACCGAGGACGGCGCAUGGCCCAGUGUCAUUGACGACUUUGUCGAGUGGUGCCGAGUGAAGGGCAUCACAAAGUCCGAGUCAAUGGACGUCGAUGCGGAUGCCUGAUGAGCUGGGGGCCGAGAAUCUGUGAGACGUUGGGGACUGGGCAGACCGGGACAGCAGCUCCUAGCUCAUUCUGCACGAUGGCCAGAGAGCAUCAGCCACAGAUAUGACUUAUGAUAGAUAUAAGCCAACCAUUGCUAUAUGGUCGUUGGCAUUUGCAUCACGCAUACCGCAUCGCUCGUCGCCGCUCUGGCCUGGAGGUUUGGCUGUCGAAUCGAAAACUGAA